UCUUUCAUUUCUACAUAAUCACACAUACACUUAAAAACAAAAUUAGUGUGCAAUCAUCAUGACGAUGAUGACUACUACUUCGUUUAUCCAAUUUCACCAAAUAAUAAUUCUUUUCUUUCUCAUUCUCACUUUAUGGAACUCUCAAGUAACAAUGUCACGCAGGCUAUUUGAGUCUACAUGCACAAGAGAGAGACAUGAGAAAUGGAUGGAAGAAUAUGGAAAAGUGUAUAAGGAUGGUGAAGAGAAAGAAAGAAGGUUCCGAAUAUUCAAGAACAAUGUUGAGUUCAUUGAGUCCUUCAAUGCGGCUGGGGACAAAAGUUUCAAGCUUAGUGUUAACAGAUUUGCGGACCUAAGCGUUGAAGAGUUCAAGGCUUCUCUUAAUGGCCUUCCCAAGAGUCAUUGGCAAACGACGCCGUUCCGGCAUGAGAAUGUAACUGACAUUCCAGAAACCGUGGACUGGAGGAAAAGAGGAGUUGUUACACCAAUCAAGGACCAAGGCACAUGUGGCUGUUUCUGCCUCUUCACUGGAACCCACUCCUCUGUAACGGAGUAUGUGCUGCAAGGUAGUUGGUGGGCAUUUUCAUCUGUAGCUGCAGUUGAAGGAAUCCACAAAAUAAGUACAGGUAAACUAGUGUCUCUCUCAGUGCAAGAACUAGUAGAUUGCGUAAGAGGCGACGGUGAAGGAUGCUAUGGUGGUUAUAUGGAAGAUGCGUAUACAUUCAUUGCAAAGAAUGGAGGAAUAUCAAGUGAAUCAGACUACCCAUACAAACAAGUUGAGAAGCCAUGUAAGGCUAAUGAGAAGGAAACAAUACAUAAUGUAGCUAAGAUUAAAGGGUUCGAGAAGGUUCCUUCUAAUAACGAAAAGGCACUCCUCAAAGCUGUGGCAAAACAACCAGUGUCGGUUUAUCUUCAAGCUAGUGGGUAUUAUUUUCAAUUUUAUUCUAGUGGGAUUUUCACUGGAAUAUGUGAAACUGAGCCAGACCAUACUGCUACGGUAGUUGGUUAUGGUAAAGAUAAGGAUGGUACCAAGUAUUGGAUAGUAAAAAAUUCAUGGGGUACUGACUGGGGAGAAAAAGGGUACAUAAGGAUGAAGAGAGAGGUACAUGCUAAGGAAGGGUUAUGUGGAAUUGCCAAUAAUGUCACGUAUCCAAUUAUUUAAUUAGUAUUACUCUCUAUUCUUAAGUGCAACCGUCGCUGAUGGGGUGUACAUAGACAUGCUUUGUGUAACCUUCUGUACUGUUUUAAGUCAGGUAUGAAUGAAAUUUGUAUUAAGUUUUUUUUUU